AUGAAGGGGGUCAGAGCUGCGAUUGGAGCCGAGAACUGGAAGCGCCUUAAAGAGACUGCGCGGAAACGGGGCCUGGCUGCCGAAGCGGCCUCCGCUAGGGGGCUACGGCGGGAGGAUUCCCGGGGGGCGUCGCCUGCUUCCGCCGCCGCCUCCUUCAGUGAAAGUCCCUUUUGGGUCCAGCUGUCACAGCCGCCGCGCUCCCUCAGGCCGGGCGGGGGACACCCCAGGUCUGCGUGGCCCCCGCGCCGCCACGCCCAGUGGCCGCCCGAGCCCUGCGAGCAGGGGGAGGAGCCGCCGCCAGUGGAGGCGGAGGAGGUAGAGGAGGCGGAGACGGCGGAGACGGCGGAGAAGGCGGAGAGGAAGGUGGAGGCGGAGGCGAAGGUGGAGGGGAAGGUGGAGGCGGCGGGGAAGGUGGAGGCGGCGGGGAAGGUGGACGCCGCCGGGAAGGUGGAGACCGCGGAGGGUCCGGGCCGCCGGCUUGAGCUCAAGCUGGAGCCCGAACCCGAGCCGGUACUGGAGGCGGAGCAGGAGCCGAAGGGGGAGCCGAAGCAGGAGCUGGAGGAUGAGAUCCCAGCGCGGAGCGGCGGUGGCGGCAGCAGCGACGAGGUUCCUCCCCCCACCCUUCCUUCCGACCCCCCACGGGCCCCCGAUCCCUCUCCGCGGCGCAGUCGUGCCCCCCGCCGCCGACCCCGGCCACGACCACAGACCCGGCUCCGUACCCCGCCGCAGCCUAGGCCACGGCCCCCGCCCCGGCCCCGGCCCCGGCGCGGCCCUGGGGGCGGAUGCCUGGAUGUGGAUUUCGCUGUGGGUCCACCAGGCUGUUCCCACGUGAACAGCUUUAAGGUGGGAGAGAACUGGAGGCAGGAACUGCGGGUGAUCUACCAGUGCUUCGUGUGGUGUGGAACCCCAGAGACCAGGAAAAGCAAGGCAAAGUCGUGCAUCUGCCAUGUGUGUGGCACCCAUUUGAACAGACUUCACUCUUGCCUUUCCUGUGUCUUCUUUGGCUGCUUCACAGAGAAACACAUUCACGAGCACGCUGAGACGAAGCAACACAACUUAGCCGUAGACCUUUAUUAUGGAGGUAUAUACUGCUUUAUGUGUAAGGACUAUGUAUAUGACAAAGACAUUGAGCAAAUUGCCAAAGAAGAGCAAGGAGAGGCUUUGAAAUUACAAGCCUCCACCUCAACUGAGGUUUCGCACCAGCAGUGUUCAGUGCCGGGACUCGGGGAGAAGUACCCGACCUGGGAGACAACCAAACCCGAGUUAGAACUGCUGGGACACAACCCAAGGAGGAGAAGAAUCACAUCGAGCUUCACCAUCGGCUUAAGAGGACUGAUCAAUCUCGGCAACACGUGCUUUAUGAACUGCAUCGUCCAGGCCCUCACCCACACGCCCAUCCUGAGAGAUUUCUUCCUCUCUGACCGGCACAGAUGUGAAAUGCCAAGCCCUGAGUUGUGUCUGGUCUGUGAGAUGUCGUCGCUUUUUCGGGAGCUGUACUCUGGAAACCCGUCUCCUCACGUUCCUUACAAGUUGUUGCACCUGGUAUGGAUACACGCCCGUCACUUAGCAGGAUACAGGCAACAGGAUGCCCACGAGUUCCUCAUUGCAGCCUUAGAUGUCCUGCACAGGCACUGCAAAGGGGAUGACGCUGGGAAGGCCGCCAACAAUCCCAACCACUGUAACUGCAUCAUAGACCAAAUCUUCACAGGUGGCCUGCAGUCCGAUGUCACCUGUCAAGCCUGCCAUGGCGUCUCCACCACCAUAGACCCAUGCUGGGACAUCAGUUUGGACUUGCCUGGCUCUUGCACCUCCUUCUGGCCCAUGAGCCCAGGGAGGGAGAGCAGUGUGAAUGGGGAAAGCCACCUGCCAGGAAUCACCACCCUCACGGACUGCCUGCGAAGGUUUACGAGGCCAGAGCACUUGGGAAGUAGUGCCAAAAUCAAGUGUGGUAGUUGCCAAAGCUACCAGGAAUCUACCAAACAGCUCACCAUGAAUAAGUUACCUGUUGUUGCCUGUUUUCAUUUCAAACGGUUUGAACACUCAGCCAAGCAGAGGCGCAAGAUCACUACCUACAUAUCCUUCCCUCUGGAGCUGGAUAUGACACCAUUCAUGGCCUCGAGUAAAGAGAGCAGGAUGAAUGGACAGUUGCAGCUGCCAACCAAUAGUGCAAACGAUGAGAAUAAGUAUUCCUUGUUUGCUGUGGUUAAUCACCAAGGAACCUUGGAGAGUGGCCACUACACCAGCUUCAUCCGGCACCACAAGGACCAGUGGUUCAAGUGUGAUGAUGCCGUCAUCACCAAGGCCAGUAUCAAGGACGUUCUGGACAGUGAAGGGUAUUUACUGUUCUAUCACAAACAGGUCCUGGAACAUGAGUCAGAAAAAGUGAAAGAAAUGAGUACACAAGCCUACUGAAGUGAUACGCAGACCUACCUGUCAUGGGAGAUGGCAACACCCGUCCGACAACUGGCAUCGAGAUUUAAAGGACCUACUUGCGUGGCCCAUGGGCCCGACAGAGUAAGAAUUGAACAGUACCCAGUGUCUGAGAGGUCCUGGUUGGAAGAGAAAUAGACGGGGCGGGAGAAGAGGCUCUAGUCUAAGCAGUCCCUUGAAGGAAAAUUCAAGAUCAGGAAUGCUCUAGGCAGGGAAGGCAGGAGCAGGGAAAUCCCGACACUGGUACAUAUCCUAUAUUCCUCCAAAAGAUUGUGUGGGAAAGUGUGGGGUGGGAGGGGGGUGGUGUGGGGGGGGGUGUGUGCCCUUGUAACCGUAAAACAUCUUUCUCCAUGGGUGUUUCAGCUUCAACUGACCAAUCACAUAACAGUUAUAUGUUCGGCAAUGGGGGUGUGGGUGGAAAGAAAAGUAUACAAAUGUAGCCCAUGACCUGUAUGGGUAUGAAAGCGGAAAAGUGGAGGAGGCAAGGAUAUCUCAUUGACAAACACCUUUGCCAGUUUCUUUGUAUUCGUGAUUUUUUGUGCUAUUAAAUGCAGUAUUAAAAAAAAAAAAAGAAAAGCCCGUGGGGCUAGUGAAAGAAGAAGAAAGAAGGGGGCUUGUAUAAGGGGAGCGAUUGCUCCAAAAGUAGAGAAGACAAAAAAAAAAAAAAAAUCCUGUAAGAUAAGCGGCCAGCACAGACAGGCCUCAGCUAAGAGUAUAGUGUGUGAGUGUUAAAAAAAAAAAAAGCUGUAUGAUAUACUUGAGCAAAUCAAUGAACCUCUUUGCAAUUGUUUUCUCAUCUGUACAAUGCAGAUAAUUCCUACCUUAAAGGGUUAUUGUUAAAGAUUAAAUGAUAUAAAAUGUGUCAAAGUAUAAAGUAAAAGGCUUGGAACUUU